CUCAGACUGUUUGGGUGUGUUAGUAAGAAAAGACAGACUGACAGGACGGGAACUCGAGUCAGGAUCAUGAUCUUGAAUUCUGCAGCAACAUGAAGAAAGUGUUUUUAUUUGUUUCUUUCGUAUUACUUUUGGACGUUUGUUCUGCAGGUGAGUUUGGGGACAUGGAAAAAGUAUCAGUGAAGGAGGGAGAUUGUCUCACUCUACACACUGAUGUCACUGAAAUAAACCGAAUAUUUUUGUUAAUGUGGAUGUAUGGAUCUCAAAACACUAUUAUCGCUAAAAUUGAUGGGAAAACUCAGGCAGUCUCAUUAUACGAUGUUGAUGAUGGGAGGUUUGAAGACAGACUGCAGUUGGACAAUAAGACUGGAUCUCUGAACAUCAGGGACAUCAGAACCAAACACUCUGGAAAUUAUCAUCUGAAGAUCAUCAGCAACGAGACCUUCCUCCAGACAUUCAGUGUUACUGUCCAUGAUGUGAUUUUUGCAGGGUUAGAAAACAAGAAAGAAGGAGAUUCUGUUACUCUACACACUGGUGUUACUGAUUCACAGAAACGUGAUCUAAUACGGUGGGCAUUUGGACCUACGAAUCCAGACAGCCUUAUAGCUGAAAUGAGCAUUAAGAUUCAUGAGAUCACACUGAAUUCAGAUGAUAUAUACAGAGACUACAUCUUGAAAAUCAGACAGGAUCUCUUACCAUCAGAGACGUCAGAACCGCAGACGCUGGAGUUUAUCAGCUACAGAUCUCCAACAGUAAAGAGACAUUAUACAAGAGAUUCAACAUUUUUGUCACCGUUCCAGAUCCGGGUGUGUCCACUGUUUAUAUUGUGCUGAUUUGUGUCCUGCCGUUUGUGGUUGUAUCUCCGGUUGUGAUUUACUGUAUGGUCAGAUACAGUAAACAGAAAGAAAAGAAAACGGUGUCAGUGUCGGAGGGAAAUUCCGUCACGCUGAAAACUGGUGCUACUGAAGUCCAGAGAGACAAUUAAGUACUCUGGAUGUUUGGACCUCAAGAUACAGUCAUCGCUCAAAUCUACAAAAAGGCUGGUAACAUAUCAUACGCUGAUGAUGAGCGAUUCAGAGACAAACUGCAGCUGGACCGUCAGACUGGAGAUCUGACCAUCAGCGACAUCAGGAUUGCAAUCUCUGGAGAUUAUCAGAUAAAGAUCACUGGCAGAAAAGCAAAAAUGAAGAGAUUCAAAGUUAUUGUACGAGAGGACACACUAGAAUUCACAGAGGGAGAACCUGUCCAUCUGCAGACCAGUGUUACUGAACUACAGGAAGAUGAUCAGAUUCUGUGGAUGUUUGAAGAUGCCCUCAUAUCCAAACUCGAUAGAGAGAGCAGUGAGAACAGCGUCUUCAAAGACAGACUGAAGUUGGACGAUCAAACUGGAGAUCUCACCAUCGCGAACACUAAAAGCACUGACUCUGGAGUUUACGAACUGCAGAUCAAGAGCAGCAAUAAAGUCUCGUACAAGAAAUUCAACGUUCUUGUUUGCUUGAACAUGCUGAAACAUACAGUGGGAGAUUCUGUCACUCUACAAACUGAUGUUACUGAGCUGAAGAAUGAUGACAGGAUACUGUGGAAGUUUAGCGAUAAAGACAUAUUAAUCGCCGAACUCAACCAAGCCACCAAUCAGACCUUAUUCUAUGAAGGUCCUGAUGGGAGAUUCAGAGACCGACUGCAGUUAAACCAGAAAACUGGAGAUCUGACCAUCAGGAACAUCAGCAGAGCUCAUUCAGACGUUUAUACACUUCAAAUCACCAGAGGCAAAAAGAGCACAUGCAAGAGAUUCAUGGUUAUUUCCCAUGAUAAGACUGUGUCAGGGAUGGAGGGAGAUUCAGUCACGCUAAACAGCGAUAUUGAAAUACAAGAAGAUGACCUUAUACUGUGGAUGUUUGGACCUGAAGACUGUCCAGUCGCUAAAGGUGAAACAAAGGAAAAUAUCUCUACAUAUGAUGGUGCUGACGGGAGAUUCAGAGGCAAAUUGAAUCUGAAUUAUGAGUCUGGAUCUCUGACCAUCACAAACACCAGAACUGAACACACUGGAGUUUAUAAACUACAGGUCAUCUGCAGCCGAGAGACCAAAUAUAAGACAUUCAGAGUUACAAUCCGUGAGAGUGAAAGAAAUACAGACUUUGGGCCUGAGCAAGAAGGUAUCCCCUUAGUACAAAAAUGAAACUCACAACAGAAAUAGUAACUUUGAAUAACUGUGAACAGUUUCUGAGAAUAUUGCACAUUUUGUAUGUUACAUACACAUUGGGUGUGUGUGUGAAUUUAUUUUUGUGGAAAAUGACUACAGUCCUCAAUUUGUUAUCAAAAAGGACCUUAUAUAAUAAGUACUGUUUGUUUUGAAAGCACUAUAUUUAACUGGAAUUUGUCAUUAUCAUCGUUAAUGGUGUGCUAAUGAGUGUACUUCAUGUUUUAUUGUCUCUUUUGUUUUCUUUCAGUUAUCUUGUUUUUUCUCUCCUCCAGUAUCACAGACUUUUGUUUAAUAGCAAUAUUAGUGUUGUCCUGGAACCAAAAUGUCAGUACCAAUACCAGUAAAAUUCUAGAGUUCUCUGUACGAAUUCCGAUACUAUAGCAAAUCUAUUGGAAGUAAUUUAUUUUAUAAUCUUAUGUUUAAUUUUGAAAGUGGCUGUACUUUGAGGGUUCAGAUGUUUAUAGUGAGAGUUUUUGCAUUGUAUGUAUAUCUCUGUUGAUGCUCCCUUUUCAAUGAUUCAAUUAAAUUCAGGUUUAUUUGUAUAGUGCUUUUCACGGUACAAAUCGUUGCAAAGCAGCUUUACAGAAAAUUAAAGGUAAAUUUCAGGGUUGGCAUCAUCUCUUCUCAGGUAUUCUGGAUCCAGACUGAAGCUUGUGUAAUUCUUAGUUACCUCAGGAUGCCAAUCCCGUGGCAGAAACAAAUAGAGACAUAAUUAGCGUGGCUGCUGUUCCAACCAAGCAAAAAUGAUGUGUUCAACUCAAGCUAAAGAAUAAUAAUGCGUGUUUGAUCAGAUAUAACUGCAGUACAAGAUUAUGAGAUGCAUUAUAUGAAUGCUUGGCUAAAGAGAUGUGUCUUUAACCUAGAUUUAAACAGAGAGGCUGUGUCUGAACCUCGAACGUUAUCAGGAAGGCUAUUCCAGAGUUUGGGAGCCAAAUGUGAAAAAGCUCUACCUCCUUUAGUGAACUUUGCUAUCCUAGGUACUACCAAAAGUCCAGAGUUUUGUGACCUUACGGAGAGUGAUGGAUUGUAGCGAGAUAGAAGAGUUAGGUACGCAGGAGAUAAACCAUUUAGGGCCUUAUAGGUAAGUAGUAAUAUUUUGUAGCUGAUAUGGAACUUAAUAGGCAGCCAGUGCAGAGACUGUAAAAUGAUUCUCCUUUUUCAAUAAUAACUUAUUUGAAAGAAAUUGGAUGGUUGUUUUUGUUUUAUUUUUCUUUUGCAAUAUUUGACCGGUUUAAAUAAAACAAGUGUUACAGCUUGUUGAAUACAUGUUCAUGUAAGAUAAAACAAUAAUAAAACCAUGAAU